CAUGGAAAACGCAAAAUUAGACCUAUAUCCAUAUUUAGAAGUAGGUUUAAAUCCUACAAAAAAUGUUUGGUACCUAUUAGGAGCUGUUGGAGAAUCUCCAUCUCUAAGAGUAGGUUUUACUGCAACGACCUUGGGUAGAAAAGUAUUAUUUAUUGGGGGUGCAAAUCCACAUGAAACUUUCUCCGAUGGAUACGAGUUAGAUUUAGACAAUUUAAAAUGGGAUACUCUUGAUGAAGUAGGCUUUUUAGGGAGAUACGAACAUUGCGCCUUUUCUUCUAAUGAUUCUGAUUUGCUUGUAUGGGGUGGAGCUCAAGUUGGUAAAAAUUUAACUGACAUGCAACAGUUCAACGUUCAAACUAAAACAUGGAAAAAUAUUGAAUGUACUGGAAGUUGUCCUUCGGCAAGAACUUGUCAUGGUCUUGUUGGAAAAAAUGGUAUAUUAUACGUUUAUAGCGGAGGACAUCAAGGAGCGGAUCCGGUAGGAGACAGACAAGUUUAUCGUUUCGAUUCUUCUACAAAAGUAUGGACUGUUUUAAGAAUUGUUGGUGAUACACCUAAACCUCGUCACGGUCAUGUUUUAGCUGAAAUUAACGAUUCUAAAGUUAUUCUGCAUGCUGGAAUGGCUGGAAGUAAAUUUUACGACGACCUACACAUACUUGACCUAAAGAAGAAUAAAUGGAAUAGCGUUAAAUGUAGUGGUAGAACACCUUGCGGCAGAGCUGCUCAUGCUGGUGUUAUUUAUCAAGAGAAAUUGUUCAUUUUUGGUGGUUUAACAAGUUCUGGUUCGGCUGUUGAUGAUUUAUGGCGUUUCGAUCUAGCAACUUCAAAGUGGACUGAGAUAACUAUGGAUGGACCUCGUCCUCCACCUAGAUUAGAUAUGGCUAGUUGCGUAAUUCAUAUAAAUGUUUGGAAAAAUAACGAACAGAAUGAUGAUAAAGCCAAAGAUAUAGUUAAAGAGGUAAUUCGAAGCCAUAUUGGCAGUGCACCCAGCUCCGCUGGUUCACAACGAAGUGUCAGUAGUCUCCUAGCGGAAAAUGCAGUUGAAGAUGAGGAUAUCACCCCAAGACCUCCACCAGAAUUACCAGAAGAGGAUACAAGAAACGCGGCAAUUCGUUACAAUUUUUGCAACAUGAGCAGUGAACAAGCAGCUUUUUUAGCAACAAAAAAGAGGAGAAAAAAAGAUGAUCAUCCAUACACAUCAGCUAACUUUUUAUCUAAAUUUUUUCUUUGUUGGGUCAACGAUCUCUUUAGAGAAUCCCGAAAAAGGAGAAUAACUGAUGAUGACGUCUUCCCUCUUCUUCCCGAAGAUGACAUUGAAAAACAAUACGAUGAUAUUAGGAGUUAUAGGCCGGUUAAAGGACGUUUAAAAGCACUUAAAGCUUUAAUUUGGGCGUUUGGUUUUCAAAAGAAAAAUUUCUUUCUAUACAUUGUUUGUCAUAUAAUAUCGGAAUUAUGUAGGAUAUUCACGCCACUUCUUUUUGGAUUAUACUUCUCAUAUUUAGUAACUCUAAACGAUCAGCCAGCCAAUAAACUAACUACUCUUGGAAUAGCAAUAUCGUUUUCUGUGUCUUUGUUUGUGACAUUACAAUUAUCGGAUUAUUUCUACUAUAUUGGAAGCAUUAUCGGUGCUAAAGUACGAACAACGUUUUCCACAAUGAUGUACUCUAAGAUAUUAAGAUUUUCUACUUCGUCAACGAAAGAUUUUACAAUUGGUCAUAUAACAAACUUACUUUCUUCGGAUGUUGAAAAAAUUCCUAUGAUAGAAGGCUGCUUAUAUAUUCUAUCAGCUCCGUUUAUCUGUAUUGCUAUUUUAAUAAUUCUCAGUACAUUCUUUGGUUGGGUAGUUGUUUGUGUGCUUGCUGUUGCAAUCAUUAUUUGGAUCACAGGAUUUUUUCUGUCCUAUUGUGAAGGUAUCCAAAGGCAAACGAUAAAUAGAGCAACAGACAAAAGAAUUGAAAUGAUGGGUGAAAUAAUUCGAGGAAUGAAAAUUAUAAAGAUGAAUGUUUGGGAAAAGGCUUUUGGAGAAACCAUUGCAAAAUUAAGAAAAUUCGAACUCGGUCGAUAUAAAAAAGCCUAUUUCUUUAGAUCUUUAUAUUUUUCUCUAUUUAUUACCAGUGCUAAAAUCCUAUUCUUGACAACAUUUUUAUCAUAUUGGAAGUUAUCAUCAAAUCCACAACCGCUCACUUUAUCUACUACAUUCACCGUAAUGUCACUUUUAAACGCAUUUUACUAUGUUUCUACCUGCGUCUACACUAAUCAAUUGAGCUAUUUCAUUCAAGUUCAUGAGUCUCUUCAGAGAAUAUUGGAUUUCAUUCAAGAACCAGAUUUUGUAAAAAGAGAAAUAAAACCAAACGGAAAUGUUUUAUAUGUCAACAAUCUUUCUGCCAGUUGGCAAACUCAGGAAAACGAUUAUUCAGAAUACACAAUUCAAAAUAUUACCUUUUUCAUUGAAGAAGGACAAGUCUUAAUCAUUACUGGAGAAGUUGGAUCUGGAAAGACGGCUCUCCUCCAAUCUCUAAUGGGUGAAUUAUCUUUAUCCUCCAAUACCCAAUUCAAUAACAGCUUCCAAUACGCCUAUGCUGCUCAAGAACCUUGGAUAUUUCACGGUACUAUCAAGGAGAAUAUCUUGUUUCAUUCGGAUUAUGAUGAGGAACGCUACAAAACAGUUUUAAACGUUUGUUGUCUGGAAAAGGACUUGGAACGUUUCCCGAAUGGUGAUUUAUCAUUCGUUGGGGAAAAGGGAGUAACACUAAGCGGAGGUCAAAGAUCAAGAAUAUCUCUAGCAAGAUGUGUAUAUAAAGAGGCGGAUGUAUAUCUCUUGGAUGAUCCACUAAGUGCAGUAGAUCUAAAAGUUGGAAAAGGAUUAUUCUACGAUUGUAUAAGGACGUUUCUGAAAGAUAAAAUAGUUAUUCUCGUUACUCAUCAUUCGGCAUAUUUCGAAAGAGCAGAUAAAAUACUUAUACUCAAUAAAGGAAAAACGAUAUUCUUAGGAGAUUAUGAAAACUUUCAGAAACUUGAAAAUGAUAUGAAUUUAUCUUAUUUGAAGGAAGAAAUGAAUAAUCCGCCUGAAAGGUUGGAAGCUAUUGAAGAGAGUCCCGAAGAAGGAGAAAACAGUUUACGAUUGGGUUUAUCGGAUAUGAAAACAUAUCGAACAUAUUUUACAUCGGGAAAUGUGUUUUUCUUAAUAACAGCAGUAGCGUUGUCUAUAGUAAUCAAUCCAUUAAGAAUAUAUUCUGAUUAUUUAUUGACAACUCUAACAACUAAUUCUGAUAAAGACAUGUCAUCUCAAAAAACUGUUUUCAUUACCUAUUUAAGUUUACUGUUUGCCAUAUUCGUAGUUGAUUUUCUUCGAAACUAUUCAGCUUUAACAUUUACAACAAGUGUUGGAGAGAAUCUUCAUAAUAAACUCUUCCAAAGAGUUUUAAAUUCAAAGUUGGAUUUUUUCAGUAAAACUCCAUCGGGGAAUAUUUUGAAUAGAUUUUCAAGAGAUUUACUUUUUAUUGAUGAUAAACUUGCUACAACUUUUCAUUGGAUUACAUUUCUUUUGUUCGAUAUUAUAGUUAAUAUGAUCCUGAGCAUAGUAGCUGUAUAUUGGAUGGUUAUUAUAAUAAUAGUCAUUGUGUUCACUACAUUGUACCUUGCUUUGUACGGUAUUAAGCUAACUAGAACAAUAAAAUGGUUAGAAGCGGCUAAGAGAAGCCCUUUCUAUUCUCAUAUAUCUGAUACAUUAGAUGUUUUUGUAACUAAUUCAAUUAAUAUGAAAGUUUUGGGUAUUGCUUUAAUUUCUAACAUAGAAUUAACUGGAUUUUUCGAAUGGAUUAUACGACAGAUAACUGAAUUUGAAAAUUAUAUGACAUCAGUAACGAGGAUAAUAGAAUAUUCGAAUUUAGAAUUGGAAAACUAUGACUCUAAUCACGAUAUUGUCGUGCCUAGUGAUUGGCCGAAAAGUGGACAAUUAGAAUUUAGGAAUGUUUAUCUUUACUAUGAUGGAUGCGAAAAAGCGGCUUUGCAAAACAUCAAUCUCACUUUUCAACAUAAUCAAAAGAUUGGCGUAAUUGGUAGAACUGGAUCCGGUAAAAGUUCUUUAAUCGCCGCUCUUCUUCGUCUAUAUGAACCACAAGGUGAAAUUGUAUUGGACGGUAUAGAUUUAACAAAGUUACCUUUAGGAAAAGCGAGAUCUGGUAUUUCAGUAAUUCCCCAAGAACCUUUUCUUUUCAAUGGCUCCAUCCGAAAGAAUAUUGACCCUUUCGAUGAAUUUGAAGACGAAGAAAUUUGGACAGCUUUACAUAAGACUAAAUUAGUUGAUAAAUUCGCGAAAUCAGUAGAUAAAUUGGACUUUCCAAUCCAAGAAAGGGGAAAUAACUUAAGUGUUGGUGAAAAACAAUUAGUGUGUUUAGCUAGAGCGAUGUUAUCAAAACCAAGAAUAUUAGUUAUGGACGAAGUAACAGCGAACAUUGACGAAAAGAUUGAUAAAAUCAUUCAAGAAACGUUGAUGGAACAUUUUACGAAUUGUACAAAAAUCGUAAUAGCUCAUAGAUUGAAAACUAUUAUUGAUUCGGAUGUUAUCGUUGUGCUACACGACGGCGUCGUUCGCAAGGUUGAUGUUCCAGAGAAUAUAUUCAAUGAUGCCAUUAGUCUUGAUGAAAUAUAA